AUGGUAUGUGUUCUUCACAGCCACCUUUGCAUGGGAGAUUUGUCAUUGUUUGGAUGGCCAAUCACUCUCCACCGCCACUUCAACCCUUGGAAAAGUCAUGGGCAACUCCAUAUCCUAUUCUGGACCUCACUACUCUAUUCUCAUCUAUUCCUAUCUUUAAACCGUCUCACAUCCCUACUAUUUCCCCCAACAUCCCGCUUAAUAUUCUCCCAUCUUGUCUGUCUUUCCCUCAUCCUCUCUACCUGGUUGAUAGGUCUUCUUCACAUCAUCAUCCCAUUGCUAUGGUCCCAUACCUGCUAUCUAAUUUAUAACCCUGCCACGUGGAUAUGGUUAAUGAGCGGAACAACAUGCGGGAACACACUUGUUUUACAGUAUCUAUGCCUAUUUGUGGCUGGAAUCAGUUUUCUGUUAAACUUAUCCACGUGGAUUUCGAUAUCUGAAGAAACAAUCAGAAGACAUCCAAUAGAGUCCAAGUUACUGAGGGAAGAGUUAUGGAGAGCUAUGGGGUUUCUGAUGGCUGCGACGUCAUCAAAUGUGCUAUCAGGAUGGUUGGGAGAAAGAUGGCAAAAGUAUGCGUUGACUUGUGUGGUAUGGCAGGGAUAUCAUCUAUUGGAUGGAUUAUUCGUUCUGGUGUUCCACUUCCAUCGCAAACUUCUAGCCAAGCAUAAAAUGGAAGAACCUCAUCAUACUCUUUCAUUCAUCCACGUGGAUCAUCCAGGACGUCACUCCUCACCUCAUGCUCCUAUAACUCAUCAUCCUGUACAUUUUUCUCGAGUUGAUACGUCAUGA